AUGUGUGGAAGAUGCACUGCUUCUUGCAUGGUUUGCUACGACGAGCGAUACCCGCACCUUACGGCACUCCUGAAACAAGAAGCACGAUCGAGAUGGAGUAAACCAAUCUUCAAGGUACUAAAAGCCACGGGCAAGGCGAUCAUGGAUGACUUGCCAACGGCAUGGAGGCCGGCAUUUGGUGUCGUUCAGAGAUCAACCAACGGCGGAUCACGUUCCAGUCCUGUAAGACAUGGCGUGUGCGCCGCCAACAUAGCAACACUGGGCAACGCGGAGAGAUAUUGGCGGAUACGUCCCGAGUACCGGAACUUAGGAAGUGAAAGUUGCGAAAGCAAGACCUCGUCCCAGGCAAAGGCCCAUGUUCCUCCUCUCCUUGCCUACCAUUCCUUUCUUACCUACGUUGGCCGCGAGUUUUCUGCGGGCGCCCGCAGUGAUGGCCCCAUCUCUGGCUCCCUCAGGUACCAGGAGUGGAAGAUCGAAGGGAGCAGAAAUGCGACGAAAGAGGGGGUGGACAAGGGAAAAGAUCGCGAGUGUACAGAGAGAUGUCGAAAGACUCAGCAAUGGAGUGGGAUCAGGCCUCGCAACAGAAAAUCGAGUGGACAAUCGUGGGAGGCGCCGGAGGCACCUGGAGCUUUGCCCACUCUUUCAGUUUUGCUUACGACCCAGAUGGACUGCUCGGUAGACUUCUGUCUUAUUUCCCAAUGA